AUGGCUGUAAAUACGUUUAUAGCGUACCAAACCAAACCAUACAUGAUUCAUGAUGAAGAUGAAUACCCAGAUUGUAUUCCAUCGAUAAUGGUGCCAAUCCCUUUUUCUUGGAUCGGUAGACAGAUACUCAAAUUAAUUUUUGCCAUCUUUUUCGUUUCCACUGUUCUUUGGCUUCUCCCUUUUGAUCAUACAACUACUUCAUUACAUUCCAUCACUUUUAACCCUUUGCAAUCUAUCAUCCAUGAUUUAACCGACAAAGGCAUUAUCAAAACGGGUAACAAAGCCCUUAUUGUAGCCGGCGAAAACCAUCAUGGCCCGAUUGUUAUUAAAGAUGAUCACAAUUACAACACCAAGGAAAUGACCUUGAAUUCCACUCCAGCACCUCCCAAGGAGGAUUUCUUCGACUUCAUAUUCACAAAAGAUUUUCAAUCAAGCAUCGAUAAGUCGCUUAAAGUAGGUGGAGUUCUAACACUUCAACUUAGUAACAACCCUAAAGUGGUUUUCAAAAAGCCCAACAACUAUAGAACUGUGUAUCUCCGACAUUAUGGAUCAACAUUCAUGACCAUGAGAAAGACGUCACACAAUAAAAAUAACAAAGAAUCUCCAUCAAAAAGGAAACUUCUUGGAGCUAUUAUUACUAGCCAAGAAGCAAAGAAAGCCGCCCUCAAGAACCUUGAGGACGCAUUACUCGAGCCUCCGAGAGGUACUCUAUCGGGAAAAUCAAACAAAAGAUUCCUUAAACGGACCAAAUAUUUACCGGACUUGUUAGGAGAUUCUUUCGAAAACUACCCACGUAGGAUCUUCAUCGAUGUGGACUUGUCGGAGCAUAAGAACAAGGGUUACCGUCCUAGAUGGUUCGAGAAGCAUUACCCAACAAGGAACAAGGAUUUCGAUAUUUACAAAGUUGAGGCUGUGGAUGCAGAUCAAUCCGAAGAAGGGACGACACCACAAAUUGGAAUGUCGGAUUGGUUAAGGAGGAAUGUGAAGGAAGAAGAGUAUGUGGUCAUGAAAGCGGAAGCCGAAGUGGUUGAGGAGAUGGUAAAAAAUGGAGUGUUGGGUCUUGUUGAUGAAUUGUUCUUGGAAUGUAAGCAUCAAGGGAUGAAUGGAAAUACGGAUCUAAGUAAGAUUAGAAAAGGGAGAAGGGCUUAUUGGCAAUGCCUGGCUUUGUAUGGGAGACUUAUGGAUGAAGGCGUUGCGGUUCAUCAGUGGUGGGGUUAA